AUGGGACGGCGAUCGGUUGCAUCCCAUCAAGGAAGCCGACCUCGAUGGAUCAGUGAUUACGAGAAUCGGGAGUACGGAUUUGAGACCAUUUCCGGGGAGAUUGAUCGGGCUCUGAUGACCGCAACUUCACACACUUCUUCCUAUCUACAAGAAUUAGUGCAACCCCAUGAAUCAUCGGAGAUCCUAAUUUCGGACUCACACGGACGUUGCCAACCAAUUGAAGUCAAUGAAUUCACAAAUGUGGCUCAGGCCUGUCUGUUGUUCGAUCCACAGACGGACUUGUGCAACAUGCAGCUCUACGAAGAGGUCCCGGAAUUGUCCGGUUUCGGUGAGUCUAUCCGCCACAAUUGGAUUGGUUGGGUCAAUCUACCUCAAUCACACAUAAGCUGUCAUGAUUGUGUAUUUUUGCAAACGCUUCGUGGGGUAUUUUUACUUGAACGUUUUACUCUUUUGAAACGAGUAGUCAGUUUGUGA